AUGACUUGGUCUGUGCUACCAGUGAAAGCAGAGUUUGUAGCUUCCAAAGAGCAUUUUGGAGAGGGGGGUUUAGAAGGGCUUACAAGUUCUACUGAUGAUUUCAAAGGCCAAGAGUGGGUGGUCAAGAAAUAUUUACCUGCAACCUUGGCACACUUACAGGAAACAGGGCAAUCGGCUGAAGAUCACUCAAAGAAAAUUGUCCAGACCCAUAUGUUAGCUGGCAAUUUUGCUGAGCAGCUUCAGUCUUCCAUUGCCACCAAAUGCCUAAGUGAAUUUGGCGCAACAUUUUCUUAUAACAAAGUUUAUAUGGGUAGGAUUGAGAGUUCAUCAGAAUAUGUCACCAUUGAGGAGUUCAUCGAAGGCAAAUUUCGAAAGUAUGUUAAUAAUGAUGGGACAAUUUGUGCAAGAGUGGAUGACAUCGACUUGUCAUUGAAAGCUGUGUGCCUGGUUCAUUUCUCGUUCCACAUAAGUAAUGGCGAAUUAAUGUUACUAGACAUUCAAGGGGCAGGUAUGAUGUUGUGUGAUCCAGAAAUAGCAUCAUGCAAGUUGUUAUCAGAAGACAACCAGUACAUGUACUGUGCUGGUAAUAUGUCAUUACAGGGAAUUGAAAAAUUCAAAAACAGUCACACCUGCAACAAAUAUUGCAAAGCUCUUGCUUUGUCUACUUUAUAA